GGAAAAUGAGUCAAAGAAGUUGGGCCAUACCGUGCUUCAUUUAAAAAUGUUGGAGUGGACUAACAUACAUUUGUCACUUACAGAUUCUUUCUUCUAAUAUGUAUAGGUUGGUAAGGUACUACGCAUACAAAAAGCUUCAAGGAAUGGAUCUUCUAUAUACUUAUCUGAUAGUGAGCAUGGUUAUUCAGCUCUAACCAUGGAUGAGUGUCGUCUAUGGAAAGAAACUAAAGAUCUUGUAUCAGCCCCAACAAGGGAAAUAGCAAAGCAACUAUACGUGAAGCAUGUAAUCUGCCCACUGUUAGGUCCUGAAUAUGUUGAUGCUGGGAUUCGUGUCCUUGUAACCCAGGAAUUUCUAGAGUUGGUUGAAAAGAAUGUUCUUUGUCAGCGUCCUGCUUCGCGAGUUGAUGCUGCCAAGGUCAACACCCUUUGUAAUUCUGCACUUGUUAUAUCUGAUCAUUCAGUUUUCCCCCGUGGUAAUCUUAAAGGUGAAUUCUGCAUAUCUGUUGAGAUAAAGCAGCCAAAAUGUGGAUUUCUUCCAGUUUCCAGAUUUAUAUCCGAGGAAAAUGCUGUUAAAAAGAGUAUAUCUCGUUUUAAAAUGCAUCAGUCAUUGAAAUUGCAUCAUAGAGAGAUAUCAGAAAUAAGUGAAUAUGAUCCACUUGACAUGUUCUCUGGAUCCAAUGACAGAGUACAUAAUGCAAUGAAGGCUCUCUUUGUUACUCCUCAGAACAAUUUCCGUGUUUUCUUGAAUGGUUCCCUCAUAUUUGGGGGCUUGGGUGGUGGGGCAGAUAGUACUAGUUGUAUGAUUGGUGAAGCAUUUGAAGAUGUACUCAAGUGUGUGAUUCGGGCAAAUGAUGGCCUACGUACAAUGAAUUUCCUACACCUUGUUACUGAAGCUGUUUUCCAAUCAGGAUUACUAGAUCGCCUUCUCAAAGUCCAGAAGCUUGAUAUAUUUGACAUAGAAGGGGCGAUUCAUGCUUAUUAUGACAUUGUUUCCCAGCCUUGUAUGGUGUGUAGAGAUUUGGGUGAAGACAAAUUGGCAAACAUGUAUACCUAUUUGCAUUCAAUGCCUUUGGAUGAAAGCUUGAAGAUUGUAAGGGACUAUUUGAUAGCUGCAACUGCGAAGGACUUGAGUAUUAUGAUUUGUUUUAGAUCUAGGGAAGAUGGGGAUGUGAAAUCUCCAUAUAGUGGUGUAUUUCUUGAAUCAACCAAACAAAGUUUUGAUUACAAGGCAUCUUUUAUUGACCUGGAUAUGAGACCAUUGAAGAAGAUGGAACACUACUAUGAAUUAGACAAGCAGAUAGUCAGCUUCUACACUCAAGUGGUGAACAGAAAGCAUCAAGCGGAAAAAGUUGUGAGCAUUGAUGCUAAUAGAACUGCAUAUUCAGAUCAGUCCAACACCAUGGAAGAUGUUUCUCAUGCUGGAGAUCCUGCUGGUAACAUUUAUGGGAGCUUAAUAAGAAACUCAACGAGAAAGAGACAUAUUAUAUCAGACUCUUCCUCUGCUACAAUGAGAGUGACAUAUCAACUACUUCAGUACCUUUCCAUCUUGAACCCACAUGACCAAUUUAUUUAUACAGCUGGAUUUUUUAGUAACCUUGUGGAAGUGGUGGGUGAUACUGAACUGCAAGAAAAUUGAUUUACCUUUUCCUGGUGAAAUCAAUUUCCUAAGCAGAAUUCACUGCAAAACUAGUUUUAAAUUUUUGGUGAGCUCUUACAAACUCAAUUAGCAACCAUACUUGUCAGAUCUGUGAUCUUUUGUAAUUCAACUUUUAUCCUUCAGCCAUGAAGUUGAGCUCUGUAAGGUGUAAGUUUUUGUUGUUGUAAUAUACUGUACUGUAACAUAGUGUACUCUUUUGACUUAUUCCAAAUAAAUUUGUGCUUUGUUGAAUAUAUGGUGUAUUUGAGCUGAAAAUUCUACCUUGUGGGUUGGCAUGGAGCCUUUUAAUCAAAGUGUUGGAAAUAAUUUAUUGUGUAUGUAUGCACAAUUUGUGGCCCUGGCAAAAUAUUUACACCAAUAUAAAGCUCACUAUUAUACAUAUAUAAACGCGAAUAUGCAGAAAAUUGGAAACAAGAGUGAGAGCUAUCUCAGAGACUAUAGAGGCACGCUGAUAGCAUUGCCCUUGAAGGUUGAUUUGUGGCCUCUCGGAACGAAUGAUUUGGUGUGUAAGCUUCUUUGGAUGUGUAUGCUAAACUGCCAUCUACACUUUUAUGAAGUUAUCUUUUUUCUCUUUCAUUUUAGUGACUGACUACAAAUGUACCCUUUGGUCUAAAAAGUUCAGAAUUUCAUUCAGCUGAUGGAAAGCUAUGGUUCAAUAAAAGCUUGUGCAUGAACAGGUUGUUUAUCAAAAUAUAUUGUUUAAGAAUGCAAUUAUGUUAUCUCUCAUUGUCUUACCAAUUAAUUGUUAGAAAUAGGAUCGAGUGAACUCUGUACUUUUGAGUGCACUUUAAUGCAAAUAUAGAGCAAUGUACUAGUGACCUGCCUUGACAGAGCAUGGAAUCAGAAUGCUGAAUGCUGGAGUGAGUUUUUGGAUCAGGAAGAGCAAUUGAUAUUUAAGGUUUCAAUGCAUCAUGGCCGAGGCUGCUGAGCAAGCGUCAGUAUGGGAAUUAGCCUGGCAGAAUGAUCCAAUAAUUGGAAGCAGUCUAGCAGCAGCUGAUCACCUCUAAUGCUCCUGAGCUAUUUACUCGAGAAAACAGUAGUGUCAGUGGAUCUGCUUUGUUCCAAAUGCAGGGUGAAGGUCAUGAAAUUAAUUUCAACAAUAGAAGGGAUAAACUCUAUUGUCCUUGACCCGGCCAAAUUCACGGUGACCGUGAUUGGGGAAGCUGAUCCUGCGUGCAUCAUUAACAAGGUGAGGAAAUUCAGAAAAUCUGCACAGAUCAUGAGUGUAGGUCCUGCAAAGGAUGAGAAGAAGGAUGAGAAGAAAGAUGAGAAAAUUCCUUCCCUUCCAAAGACAUGCCAGAGAUGCGAUGUUUGGUACGUGAUUAACGACGAUGCUUAUUACAAUCGCUGUAACAUUCUAUAAAUUAUGAUCGAGGCCAAUGUUUCAUGUAUGUUUUAUAGAAGAUCCUCCCCAACAUGGUUUCUUCUGCAAUAUCGACAAUUUCUUCCUCAAGUUUCAUGUGUUGUGUAACAAUACUUUGAGCUGAAUACAUUUGCUCAUAGGUCUCAGUAUGUGGCAUAAACAACUCUUGUCUAGACUCUGAAAUGCUUUUUGACGUUGCUGAGCCCGUAAAUAGUUCUUUUCAUAUUAUUCAAUAUGUAGAUAGGAGGACGAUAAAAUGUUUUUCUUUUAGAAAUUUCAAACAGAAUCAUUUACAAGAA